GAACAAUAAAGAUUUAAUUUUUAAAAAAAGGAAAAAAACCAGUUUCGAUGGUUGAACCAGAAUGAGGUUUAGAGCCCAGUCAGCCUGACCUCUGCUUCGCCCUCUAAUGGUGGCUCCAGAGGCACCCAGUGACUACUAAGGUAUCUGUACAAUGUCAAGGGUGAUGACUCAGCUUCAUUUGCAUACCCAUAAUACCCUGCGUAGAGUACAAUGCUUUUCAAGUUUAAAAGACUUUUUUUUUAACUUGUCAUUUCUAAGUACAAGAAACUUACUUGAAAAACAUCUUGUGCAAACUUUGGGCAGAAAAUACCUCUAGCGUUAAAACGCCACCAUAACUGAACUAGGCGUUGUAGGUCUGGGGGAAGGGAACUCGGGAGCUGCGAAAGGACGCUUUGCUUUUUCCUCAGAUUGGAUUACUCUUUCUCCCUUUACUGGAUGUUUCCGCGGAGAGUAACACUUAUUUCCUUUACUUAACACUACAUUUUAUUGGUUACUUUACGGAGAGUCCACACUUGGAACCCCUGAACGUGCUUUACGACCGCCGCUAUGGAGGCUGAUCGAACGGCUAUACUCCGCGUGAAGCGGAAUCCCUGCGAGGAGCCUGCCGAGGCCCUGGCCCUCGCCUGUAAACGCCUCCGGAGAGAUGCGGUGGAGUCGGCGGUCCAGGAGGACCCGGUCCAGCUCCUGCGCGCUCUGCCCCGACCCCCGGCCACCUCUCAGCGUAUCCGCCACAAGCUACGCCGACCCUCGGGCCUUCUCUCGGAUAACCUGGAGUCCGAGGAUGCGCGGGAAAACCCAGAAGCCGACAGUGACGCAGGCUUCCAGCUGUUGGAUCUGGUCCACGAAGGAGACCCAGAGGCCGCCGCUGCCGCCUCCUGCAAAGUAUCUGAUCCAGAUGUGACCCUUUGCAAUUCUGUAGAGUUGCUCCCCGAGCGGUUGACUAUAUCUGAGGAUGGACCAAGUAUCGGGCACCGGGAGGAACAGAAUGAUGACUAUGUGCAUGACAUUUACUACUUGGAGACGGCCACUCCAGGAUGGAUUGAGAAGGUCCUCUCUGUGCAGCCCUUAAGCCAGGAGUGGGAGCUGGUGGAUGAUGGCAAACAACUAGAGGACGUUGAUGAAGAGGAAGAUGAAGAUGAUGAAAAUAGUGAGAAUAAUUGGCGCAAUGAGUACCCAGAGGAGGAGAGCAGUGAUGGAAAUGAAGAUUCCAGAGGCUCUGAUGAAUGCGACAGCCUCAGUGAAGACGAAAGAGGCAAUAGCAGACCACAGAUGUGGAGCAAAUACCCUUUGUAUGUGCAGAAGGAGUUUGGCUAUGACAGCACUUAUGACCUGGCCUGGGACUGAGGAUCCUGUGACAACCAUGAGGUUCUAUCACAGGCCCUUGAGGGCUUUGACUGCCUUAUCAGCCACCCUGGUAGUGGGUUUCCUGGCAUAACACACGGAAGGAGGAAGCAUGUCCAACAGCACCAACAUAGCAGUGAAAAAGGGUGCUGAAGGAGUAUCUCUUUUCCAUUAAUAGUAGGAUGCUUUGCCUCAUUCAAGUGAUCCUACAAUCUAGGG